CUAGAUAGAUGUCCAGAAGUGUCGCCAUCACCAUCAUCAUUAUCAAAUAUUAAAAGUGCUGUUGUAAAAAACGAAAAGGAAAAAAGAAAGAAGUAUUCAAGUAAUGAAGAAGAGCCGGAUUAUGUUAAAGCGAUAUUUGUGGGCGGAUGA